ACAAUUAUCCGAAGAACUUACUUUUAUGCAAAAAUAUAGCAGAAUAAAGAAUUGACGAGCUGUUGUGAAAUUCGUUCAUUGUGUACUUAUUAUGAAUCUUUACAGUUAAUGUCGUGUUUUAUUCACUGACACUUUACUAGAUCUGAGGAAUCGGAGGUUUUAGCUAAAGUGACGCAAAUCAAUCUCACAGAACAGUGGCCAACCUGUAUAUGCUGUGGUGUAGCCAAUACUUCAAAGUGGUGUGCUUGUUGUAGUUGUGAAUGAGAAGGAAAAUCUCGUGAAUAAAAUAGUUAUCAUCCAGUUGAUACUGUUCCUUGGAUACAAUAUCAACACACAGAUUAAGAAUGGAGGGAGAAAAGCGGCCAAUGGUCAUGGAGAGAAAGACUGAUUGUGCCAAUUUCCAUGGAGAGACUCGUUUGGCCUUGGGGAAGAGGAUGGCAUAUAUGCUGCGAUAUGGUGCCAUACAGAAUGGCCUUACAGUAGACGGAGAGGGUUUUGUGAAAAUAUCAGAGUUGUUAGGCACACAUAUGAUGCGGCACCAUACAGAAACAGAGGUCUUGGAAGAAGUUAAGAACGGUAUAUCCAACAGAGGCAAAAAACGAUAUGAACAGAAGACUGUAAAAGGCUGCACAUUUGUCAGGGCUGCAUACCUGAGGAGGUUUGAAAGGAAUAUCAAUCAUGAAGGAACCAAGGUGCCUCGUCUGAUGGAGUCUUGUUUCAGCACCAUCACUACCAAUAUCAAAGACUAUGACCUGAAGGAUUUCUGGGAUGAAUAUUUACUCACGUACAUCAUCCAUAGACUUAAACGUCAAAAGAAACUCAACAAUCCUGCCUUGAGAAGUAUCCUUGGUCCAGCCAUUGAGAAUUUAGACUUGGAGGGGGUAUACAUCACUGAAGCCACAAUCAAAUUGAUUGCAAACCGUUGUCCAGACCUCAAGUUCCUCAACUUAAAAAACCGCGGAUUCCUCAUGACAGAUCAUCUUGCACAAAUACUUUUAAAGAAAAUUCCCAAAUUGGAAACCCUCAAUCUAACAGGAUGCCAACAUCUGACAGACACGACACUGCAUCAUCUUCUCAAGUACUGCCCCAACUUACAGUAUCUUAAUAUUUCCAACCUUCAGCUCAUAACUCAAGAUGCAAUUAUGAACUUUUUGGCAAUGGCGCCAUCUUUAGUCCAUAUUGACAUUUACUUCAAUCGCAAUAUCAAGGAAAGUAUGAUUGAGACGAUUGAAGAGAUCUCUCGUUGUGGGAAUAUCAGUGUGGUUCUGAAGAGACUGAAUGACAGUGAUGUUUCUCCAUCAAAUAUGGCAGAUUGUUUGUCCAAGUUUAGAAUGGUUGUGGUUUAGCUGACAAGCUGUGGGGUAAUUCACAAACAUUAAAAACCGCAUAUGAUUUUUAAU